AUGAAUUCUUUGAUGCAUAUUAAGAUCAAUUUAUUGCAGCUGAAAUCAAUGUAUAAUCAUUGUAAUAAUUUGAAAUCCAUGCCUUUAUCAUAUUCUCAGAUUUUUUAACACUUACAAAAAAGUUAUGGAAUAAAACUAUAAAAAUAUUAAAUAAAAUCAUUAAAUUGUUAUGAAUAAAUCAAUAUGGUUCUGUAAUCAAAAAUAAAUUAGAAAUUGUCAAUUAUAGCAUAGGAAUCAAAUCUUCAUAUCCUAAGAGUUACAACAUGUGUAUUUAUGCAUUUCAUAUUUUUAAAUAUUAAAAUUAUAUGGAAAGCAGACUUUAUUUGGUUUUUGUAAAGCUUCAUUCAAUUUUUCAUUUAAAAAUAGUUUAAAUUAAUACAUUCAAAAUGA